GUUGAGAGAGAAGGAAGAAAAGUUACGUAAGUUAAAGGCAUCCACCGUAUCAAAACCACCUGUCUUAAAAUUUAAGGUUGAGAAUUUCUUCUGUAUGGGAUCUCCACUAGCAGUGUUUUUGGCAUUGCGUGGCAUCCGUCCAGGAAACAGCGGUAGUCAAGACCAUAUUCUGCCCAGAACAAUUUGUAAGCGCUUACUAAAUAUUUUUCAUCCAACAGAUCCAGUGGCCUAUAGGUUAGAACCCUUAAUCCUGAAACACUACAGCAAGAUUUCGCCUGUCCAGAUCCACUGGUACAACACCGCGAACCCUUUACCUUAUGAGCACAUGAAGCCAAGUUUUCUCAGCCCAACAGAAGAAACUACCUCAGGUACUGAUAACGAAAGUGUCUCAAAUGUACCGAGCCCUAACACUUCACCAGUCAUGGUUCGACGCCACUACGGGGAGUCUAUAACAAACAUAGGCAAAGCAAGUAUAUUAGGAGCUGCAAGUAUUGGGAAAGGCCUCGGCGGGAUGCUUUUCUCAAGGUUUGGUCGGUCUAGUACAGCCACCUCGCAGACGCUCGAGGCGGGUAAAGACGGAGCCGAGGGGGAAGACAAGAAGGCUGCGACGGUCGGGACACCGCCUUUGCCCGACAGCAUCUCGGGAUUUCUCGAGCCCACACUGGAACUGGAGCACAGGAUUGAUUUCGAGCUCAGGGAAGGUCUCGUGGAGAACAGAUACUGGUCCGCAGUCACGUCUCACACUGCAUAUUGGUCAUCUCUGGAUAUUGCUCUUUUCCUUCUAACUUUCAUGUACAAACAUGACCAAGAAGAUACUGACAAAUCCAAUUUAGACACUAUUUGA